AUGGUUCAUGAGAAGGAUUUUGGUCAAUCUUAUCAAAGGAGGACAAAGGCUCGUUUUGAUCCUCAAGCACAAAGCGACGUACCAUCGCAGCCGCCUGCUUUAGAGGGCAGUGGUAGCGAGAGUGGCAGUGGUGGUGGCCAUUGUCGUAUCCGUAAGGUCACUAGAAAGGUGCGGGCUUCACAUUCAAGUAAUAUUCGCAUUGAUGAGACAGUUCAAACUGUCAAUGUGCCUCGUGGUAGUGCUUUGCCACCUAGAGGAGGAAGGGAAAUAGCAGGGAGAGGCAAACGAAAGGCAGUUGCAUCUGGCUUAGGGGCACAAGAUAAUGAAAUAGAAGAGGAUGUGAAACAACAACAAGAAAGGACUGUUUUUCCACCGUUAAAGCUUUACAGACCCUAUCGUGCAUUUUUACAUUCAACUUCCGAGGAAGAAGUGAGUGAGCCUGAGGUUUUUGAGAAACCUUGGGAUUGGUACGAUCAAGCUCAAGCCACCGCUGUUAGCACCAGAACAUCUCAUGCUCAAGUUCGUGAUGAUGAGGAAGAGACUGAGGAAGAAGAAGAGGACUUGGGUGGUGCCGAGGAGAGCUCACAUGAUGAUGAUAGCGACAAUGGAGAUGGAGAUGAGGACUAUGAAGAGGACAACGAGUGA